AAAGUCACUACUUAGUAACCUAGCUAGCCUACUAGAAGAAUUUGGAAGCGUAAACGUGGUUGUGUCAGAAGACUACAGUUAAUUUGUUAAGUUAGCAAACCCACCUUCAAUAUGGUAAAAGAGAAGACUCAUGUUAACUUGGUGGUUAUCGGCCAUGUUGACAGCGGUAAAUCAACCACCACUGGCCACCUCGUCUACAAAUGUGGCGGCAUCGAACAGAGAAAACUCGAGAAGUUUGAGAAAGCUGCAGCACAGAUGGGCAAGAGUUCAUUCAAAUUCGCCUGGGUGUUGGACAAGCUGAAAGCUGAGCGGGAGCGAGGAAUCACCAUUGAUAUCUCUCUGCUGAAAUUUAGCACUCAAAAAUACACCUUGACUAUAAUUGAUGCUCCUGGCCACCGUGACUUCAUUAAAAACAUGAUAACCGGGACCUCGCAGGCCGAUGUUGCCCUCCUCGUGGUCUCGGCAGCGAAAGGAGAGUAUGAGGCCGGGGUGUCGAGAAGUGGUCAGACCAGGGAGCACGCCUUACUGGCUUACACCCUGGGUGUCAAGCAGAUAAUAGUCUGUGUGAACAAGAUGGAUAUGACUGAACCCCCUUUCAGCCAAAAACGCUUUGACGAAGUGGUGCGAGGUGUGAGUGGUUUCCUCAAGAAGAUUGGCUACGACCCCACAACUGUGCCUUUUGUUCCGAUUUCCGGCUGGACUGGGGAGAACAUGAUCACUGCAACUCAGAAGAUGCCCUGGUUCCAAGGCUGGAAAUCCAGACAAAGGGAAGGGAAUGCGAGUGGGAAAACUCUACUAGAAGUCCUGGACUCUAUUCACCCACCAGUGCGCACCAUCAACAAGCCUCUUCGAUUGCCUCUGCAGGAUGUCUACAAAAUUGGAGGAGUUGGUACUGUGCCAGUGGGUAAGAUUGAAACUGGCAUCCUCAAACCUGGCAUGACCCUGAUGUUUUCCCCUACCAAGCUCACUGCUGAGGUGAAGUCCAUUGAGAUGCACCACCAGGGGCUGCAGACUGCUCUGCCAGGACACAAUGUUGGCUUCAACAUUAAGAACGUGGCUGUCAAGAACCUGCGCCGUGGGGAUGUGGCUGGCAACGCCCAGCAGGAUCCUCCAUCAGAUGUCAGCAGCUUUGAAGCUCAGGUUAUCGUCCUGAACCAUCCAGGGAAGGUGAAAGCUGGCUACUCUCCUGUCCUGGACUGCCACACCGCCCAUGUAAGCUGUCGCUUUGCUGAGCUAAAGGAGAAGCUCGACCGGCGCACUGGCAAUAAACUGGAGGACCAGCCGCAGGUCCUGAUGUCUGGAGAUGCUGCCACAGUCAAAAUGGUUCCCAUCAAGCCCAUGUGUGUGGAGAGCUUCUUCAAUUACCCUCCCUUAGGUCGCUUUGCAGCUAGAGACCUGAAGCAGACAGUUGCUGUAGGUGUCAUCAAGUCGGUGGUGAAGGACCAUGGGUCAAAACCUCUCCACAAAGCCCAAGUGUGUAAAUAAAGUUUACCAGUAAAAUCUGGUAUGGCUGCUUGAAAUGCAUUUUUGGGUAGUGACAAGUAUUUAUGUUAAAGUGAUUCCUGUGUUAAUGUUAAAACCAAAAGCUGUAAAAUUGGAUGGUAAACUUUGGUUAAAAUGUAAAUCUUUUUUUCAGAGAACAAAAUAAAGAAUUAUUUGAAGCUUUGAA